CCUUUUAAAGAUAGGUCAGAAUCAAGGUCAGGGCCCCAAGACACUGUGGGCUUCCUCUGGCUCUCUUCUAAAGAGCCUACGGAACAGGUCUUGUCACUGAAGAGAGCAGCUGGAACGUUAGCCAAGAGGGCAGGUGUGGCUGCUGGAGCUGGAGCAGAAUCAAGUUUCCCUUGACACUUGCAGUCCGUUCUGACAUAGGAACACCUAGGUGGGUUUGAAGAUGUUGCUGCAGCUGCUCUCUGUCCUCUGGGAGGCCUUGUCUCUGCAGGUCAUUCUGGUGUUUCUGGCAACAUUUCUACUUCUUGCUGAUUACAAGAAAAGGAUUCGCCCAAGGAAUUUCCCCCCAGGGCCCAAGCCUCUUCCCUUUCUGGGUAACAUGCUACAUAUGGAUUUCAAGAAGCCUCAUAUUUCAGCACAAAAGCUUGCAGAAAAAUAUGGCAAUGUAUUCGGCUUUCAGACCGGAAAGAUAAGGAUUGUGGUUGUGAAUGGAUUGCACCUGGUGAAAGAGGCUCUUGUCCAUCAGGGGGAAUAUUUUGUAGAUCGACCAAAAUCCCCUGUUCUUGAUAAGGUGUUUGGGUCACUUGGGCUGGUCUUCUCUAACGGUCUCAUCUGGAAACAACAAAGACGGUUUGCCUUAUCAACACUCAGGAACUUUGGUUUGGGCAAAAGGUCUUUAGAAGAAAGAAUACAGGAGGAAAGCCGUUACUUAAACGAAGCAAUAGAAGCUGAGAAAGGGCAGCCAUUUGACCCUCACUUUCAGAUUAAUAAUGCUGUUUCAAAUAUCAUCUGUUCCAUCACUUUUGCGGAUCGCUUUGAUUACCAUGACAGUCGUUUCCAGAAGCUACUGCACUUGCUUGAUGAGGCAUUGCUUCUUCAGGGAAGUUUUUGGAGUGUGAUGUACGAUCUCUUUCCCUAUGUCAUGAAAUACCUGCCGGGGCCCCAUCACACACUUUUUAAAAAAUGGGGGCAGCUGAAAUCCUUCGUGAGAGGAAUCAUUGAAAAACACAAAGAAGACUGGAACCCAUCUGAACCCAGAGACUUCAUUGAUGCCUACCUAAAUGAAAUGGCCAAGGAGGAUUCUGCUUCCAGUUUCCAUGAAGAAAACCUUCUACAUUCAGCACUGGAUCUGUUUCUUGCUGGAACAGAAACAACUUCUACAACAUUGCGCUGGGCUUUACUUUACAUGGCCAUUUAUCCAGAAAUUCAAGCAAAAGUCCAAGCGGAAAUAGAUUCUGUGAUUGGCCAGUCUCGCCAGCCAGCGAUGGAUGACAGGGACAGCAUGCCCUAUACCAAUGCGGUUGUUCAUGAAAUUCAAAGAAUAAGCAACAUUAUACCUUUGAAUGUGCCCCGGGUGACAACUAAGGACUGUACACUGGCUGGGUUUCAUAUUCCGAAAGGCACUGUAUUACUCACCAACUUGACCUCACUGCUCUUUGACGAGGAUGAGUGGGAAACACCCAAUGUGUUUAAUCCUGGUCAUUUCCUAGAGAAUGGUCAGUUCAGGAAAAAGGAAGCGUUUCUGCCAUUCUCUGCAGGAAAGCGAGCUUGUCUGGGAGAGCAGCUGGCAAGGACUGAGCUUUUUAUUUUCUUCACUGCCCUAAUUCAGAAGUUCACUUUCCAGGCUCCAAAGAAUGUGACAUUAAGCUUUGAAUUUAGGGUGGGUCUCACUUUGUCUCCCCUGCCAUACCGGAUAUGUGCAUUCGCUCGCUAAGAGGACCCAUUUUACAUCAUUGCCAUUUCUUCAAUAAGUAGGAUUAAUUUAUGGUGUAGGAACAGAACUUUGGCUUGACCCUAAUUGAUUGAUUUGAAUAACAGAAUUUCAUGAGGGGGUGGAGCAGAGAUAGCAAACAAGAAGUGAACCUAGAGUCCUGUUUUCCUUUCCUCCCUCACUAUGCAGUAGUUUCAUCGCUUCAACUUCAUUCUUAAUCUAGCUGAGUAGACGUGUGUACAUUGUAAGGUUAGUUAACUAUCCAGGCAAUUCUCUUCGAGUGCCUUGACUUUAGCCCAACUCCUUGCAUUUGACAUCCACCUACCCACUACGUAUUUGCACAGAACAGUUUCUAGGGAAUACCUGUCUCAGGCAAGUUAACAUAGACAACUGGAAUUAGCAGCUCUUUAGGACCCUGGGGUGUUUCUUUCACCAGGUGUCCCAAACAUCUCAGAUUGGCUGAAAGCACAGAAGCAGGUUUUGCUUGUUUUACUCUUUCUUUCCUUGGGAGAGAGAACAAAUGGUUUGCUGCUUUUACCCCCUUUCCUUUAAGGAAGGUCAAGUCAAUGGAGGGGUCCCCUAGCUGAAACUGGUCCAGUUCAAAAGAGUGUAGAGCACACAUCUUCCUGCGUAGCUCUGACCUGCUCUUGUCCAGGAGCUGGUAGGUGCUGCUGCUGCAGGGGGGCUCCAAAAUGGUGGGCUCCUAGGAGGUUGUGGGCUUAUGCUGGCCCUAGCAGUGGUGAGAAAAAGGCAUUGCUUUGCUUGUAAGGAUAUGUGUGAUCACAACUGAAGAUAAAAAUCUAUUAUGUUUAUACAAUCAAAAUGCAAAUUUUAUUUUUUCUUGUAAAUAUCCUAAGGCAGGCACCCCCAAACUGCGGCCCUCCAGAUGUUUUGGCCUACAAUUCCCAUGAUCCCUAGCUAACAGGACCAGUGGUUGGGGAAGAUGGGAAUUGUAGUCCAAAACAUCUGGAGCGCCGAAGUUUGGGGGUGCCUGUCCUAAGGUAAGGUAAAAAGGUUAAGGACUCCUGGAUGGUUAAGUCCAGUGGAAUUUGACCAUGGGAUGCAGCGCCUCAUCUCUGCUUUUAGGUUGCUCAGAGUUGGAUUGUAGUCAAUGGGUUUUCCACAGGUUGUAUUGUUUUUCAGAAGCAUUAUUGUUGCGAUUCAAUAAAGAUAGUGGAUAACAAGGUUACAACUGAGUCUGCAAAGUGAUUUCCAUGAAAAUAGUUAAAAGUGGCAAUUUGGCUGUUGCAAGUUUAAACCGCAAGGGAGCAUCAGUUCCACGUUAUACUGCAACAUCAUCUGCUAUAAGCAUAGCAAUUGCUAUAGACUGGCUGGUUUUGUAACUCUGUUUCAUUUCUAAUUAAUGAAUAGGGUUCUAAAGUGGAAUUCCCACAGCCGGGCUCUAUUCUGUUAAGAUAAAAGGAAAACAAACAAUUGUAAAAGAUGGACCAUUUACUGUUUUUUGGAAGAAGGAACACAGUCUUAAGCCCUUUGAACAAAUAUUAUUGAAUAAUGACAGAGUGGAUAAAGGUUGACUCUUGGCUCCUUAUAAAAUUAUAUUGGGUACCACUGCAGGUGGAUGUGCUGGGGUCAAACUCUGCAGUUUUCCCUAGAUGACAUAGACGGGGGAGGGUUGUAGGGAAAGUAACCUCAUAAACUAAUCUUUGUUUCUGUGAGGGAAUUACCUUUACUACACAGCUGGAAUUUAACACCCAAGCAUUUGGCCCACAGUGCAUCAGUUUCGUCCCCCAUCUAUUGGGUGUGUUUGUCACCAGGUGGGCAUGUAUUGAUACACAUGGUGGGAUUGUUUGAGGGUUGAAUGCUUUGGGGAGAAGUUGUUUAUCGAAAUUUCUAAAAUCAUGCCACAGGAUGCAGUCCUUUACCCCAAGUUUGGUACUAUUGAAUCUGUUCAAAGACCCAAAUGAGGUUUUAAAGAAUGAGGAUAUUAUCAUUCACCUUUUUCUUGUGACUGGGUGGACAAUAACGAAAGCUUAGAAGGCUCUAAUUUAUUGGCAUCUUAAAUUCUGGCAUAUAGCAUUUUGCUAGAUAAUGUUUCUUGUAAACUAGUUAUUGGGUGAUUGCAACCAUUUGCUUUUGGGGGAUAUAGUGCUUCUGCUGAAAUGGGAAUGUAUAAAUGUGUACUGCUGUGUGUUUACAGAAAGCACUUUGAGUUUUGAUUGGUAAAAUAUCUAAUUCUAGUAUGUUCCCUAGUAGCUCUCAUGUGGUUGGUUAACUUUGGUCACGUAAGAAGUACUAAGUCACAGGCUCUGUUUUGUGUGAGUUCACUAUCAUGACAGCGUUGGAAGAUGGGUGAGUAAUCCGUUAGGAACACAGUAGGAGGCAAUGUCGGAAAUCCUCUCUGGACACUGCUGGGAGUACAGCAGCGAAUGCUUCUUUCUACGA